UACAUCACCGUCGGCAUGGGAGUAUCGAGCUUUUUGAACUCAACGGGAGCACCGAAAGAUAAAGGAUGCCGAGGCCUGGAAGCACCACCAACAUUCGCUCCCCACAUGUUGUGCUCGCCUCGCGCUCCCCACGCGUCCCUCGUCGUCACGCACUCGCGCUCCCCGGCCCCCGCCUCCACCUCCUCCUUUUUAGGCCCCACCACCUCACGCCCCCGUCGGUUGCCCGCUCCACCGUCCCGAACCCCGCCCACCCGUGCCCGGCCGAAAGCCAAUUCGAAUCUCCCCACCGCGCGGCGGCACUUCGCCUUCGCAAUGCGGGCCUCCGUCGACGAGGCGGGCGCGCUCCUCGCGCGGAGCGACUCCGCCGGCCGCCGCCGCCACCCCGCGUCGCCCGUGCAGUCCGCGUCGCCGAGGCCCGGGGGCGGCCUGAGGCGGCAGUCGUCGUCGUUCCGCGACGACGUCGGGCACGCCGCCUCCGAGACGUACCUCGUCUCGCGCCUCGCCUUCACCCUCCUCCGGUAUCUCGGGAUAGGUUACCGGUGGAUGUCACAACUUCUUGCCCUCACAAUCUAUGCAAUUUUACUUAUGCCAGGUUUUAUACAAGUUGGAUAUUACUAUUUCUUUUCAAGCCAGGUCCAUAGAAGUAUAGUAUAUGGAGACCAACCCAGAAACAGGUUGGAUUUGUACAUACCAAAAGAUAACAGCAGACCCUAUCCAGUGGUGGCCUUUGUAACUGGUGGGGCUUGGAUUAUUGGUUACAAAGCAUGGGGUGCCCUUCUUGGAAGACGAUUGGCUGAGAGAGGAAUAAUAGUUGCUUGCAUUGAUUACAGAAAUUUCCCCCAAGGUACAAUAGGCGACAUGGUUAACGAUGCUUCUCAGGGGAUAUCUUUUGUGUGUAACAAUAUCGCCAGUUAUGGAGGAGAUCCUAAUCAGAUCUACUUGAUGGGUCAGUCAGCAGGUGCACAUAUUGCAGCAUGUGCCCUCAUGGAGCAGGCAGUAAAAGAAUCUAGUGGGCAUCCGGUUUCUUGGAGUGUUACUCAAAUCAAAGCAUACUUCGGUCUAUCUGGAGGGUACAACAUCCAUAAUUUGGUUGACCAUUUUAAUGAACGUGGUCUUCAUCGUUCAAUAUUUCUCAGCAUAAUGGAAGGAGAGGAAUCAUUGUCACGUUAUUCUCCUGAAAUUGUUGCCAAGAAGUCAAGUGCUGAAACCAUAACUCUUCUCCCUCUUAUUGUUCUUAUGCAUGGAACUGAAGAUUAUUCAAUACCAUCAUCUUCCAGUCAAACUUUUGUUGACGUCCUUCAACAAGCUGGUGCUCAAGCAAGGUUGCUGUUGUACGAAGGGAAAACACAUACAGAUAUAUUUUUACAGGACCCUCUUAGGGGCGGAAGAGAUCCAUUGGUUGAAGACCUCUUGUCUGUUAUUCAUGCUGACGAUACAAUUGCUCGGCAAAAGAUUUCUUUGGCACCCACUCCAAGGCGCUUGGUUUUUGAGUGGCAAUUAAAGUUGGCCCGUCGAAUUAGUCCCUUCUAGUAGGUUUGGAUGUGGCUGUUAUUUCAGUGCCAUCUAUGUGCGAAAUAUUAAUGUAAAGCAUGGCCAAGCUUGUGCCUUCACGGGUAAAGGGUGCUCUGGGAACCGUUGAUCGGAUUGGAUCAGGCAAGGGAAACCUCUUUACUCUUCUUUCCUGGCAUUGGCCCUGUAGUGCUCUAUGUGGAACUUGUAGCUGGGAAUAACUGGGAUGUGGGACAAGAGGAAGAAGCUACAUGAUUGGAAACCACAUCAUCUUUUUUUUUUUUUUUUUUUUUUUUUGCAAAUUUGUACAUAAUGCUGUAUAUUGCACAGAGGCUUGUAAUAAUUUCUCUGUAAUAUUGUGUAAAGCACAAGAAGAAAAUAUUAGAAUAUGCCUUCAUGAGGAAAGGGUACGCAAUACAAGAGGACAAUACAAGAGGGCAAGCAACUGAUUGGACGGAGUCAGGCAUGGAAAAACCUCUUUCCUGGCCUGUAGAUGGUACGCAAUACAAGGGACGAACAACAUGAUUGGAAACCACAUCCUUUUUUUUGUUCUUCUUUAAAGUUGUACAAGCUAGGUGUUGUGUUAUGUAUCACUCACAAAGGCCUGGAAGCAUGUGUUGUAAUAUUCUAAUUUGUGUAAAACAAAAUACUAGAACAUUACUAUCUGGCUAAUAUAAAACCUCAGGUUAUAUUGA